GUACCUGUUAACUGGCCGGGCGUUCAGUAGAGUUGAAUGGCGUCGUUAGAGGCGGACUCAUAUACUUUCAUCCAAGACAGAAGGUCUCUAGAUGUAAAAUUAAAAAGCACACGUAUCCAGCAACACGACUCUGAUUCCCAACACUUAACUUAUAACUACAUGUAAUGCGAUAACUACCUAGGUGCAUAGACCAUCCCCCUUUUCAAACGUGAGCUUGUACUACAUUCCAUGCCGGAAACAAAGAUCACGGCGACCUUUCCGUCCGUCGACGAUGUGGUCAAGAGUCCGGCCUUCCCAACGGCAAUUUGGCAGCUCGAGCCGCACCAAAGCGGUUUACUCCCCGUCGCCGCCGGACGCGGCGGGCCUGUAAACAUCAGCUGGGAGGUCCACGGCGACGGCCCCAUAAAACUCAUACUCCUCUGCGGCCUAGGCUUCUUCAAAACCGCGUACCAGCGGCAGACGAUGCACCUGGGGCACGUCCGCGGGGCGCAGUACUCGGUGCUGAUCCUGGACAACCGGGGCAUGGGCGGCUCGGACAAGCCGCUGUCGCGGUACAGCACGUCGGAGAUGGCGCGGGACGCGCUGGAGGUCGCGGACCACGUGGGCUGGACGGGCCCGCGGCAGCUGCACGUCUGCGGCAUCAGCAUGGGAGGCAUGAUCGCGCAGGAGCUGGCGUACCUGGCGCCGGAGCGCGUCGCCAGCCUCAGCCUCGUAUGCACGGCCGCCCGCAUCGAGAACACGACUACGUUCACCGAGAACAUGAUGAACCGCAUCACGAUGCUGCUUCCCAAGAGCUUAGAUCGCAGCGUGCAGUAUGCCGCUAGCGCAAUCUUCCCCGCCAGCUACCUCUUCGCACCAGACAACGCCACCGUGCCAGACGAAUCCGUCCCACGGUGCGAGAUCCCCGCCGGGGGGUAUCUCAAGUUCAAUAGCAACUACGAGCGAUUUGCCGCUCAAGAAAUCGCCAAGCAGCGAGACCAGGGCGGGUUCACCAAGAAAGGAUUCCUGCUGCAGCUCAUCGCCGCGGGCUGGCACCACAAGAGCCCAGAGCAGUUAAAGGAGAUAGCCGACAAAGUAGGCCGCGAGCGGAUCCUAGUCAUGCAUGGUACUGAUGACCACAUGAUAUCAACGCCCCAUGGGAGGAAGUUAAUAGAGUACCUACAACCGGGUGAAGGGUUGAUCGUAGAUGGCCUAGGGCACGCCCCUCUUAACGAGCGAACAGAGUGGUUUAACGAUUGGCUCGAGGUGCGGUGCGCGUUGGGCGAGAAGCUGAGCGGGAGGUAAAGAAAUGAUAAUACGUGUAAAACUAGGUACCUGGUAUAUGUCUAAAUAGAUACCAUACUACAUUAUCAGAAACAAAAUAAUUGUUGACACGGGUGCUAUGGAGUGAAGAACGCAACGUAACGAACGCGUGAGAAAGCACCGUUGACCUCAUAUGUAAUGUUCACAGUCGCAUUGUUUGGGGCGCAAAUACGCCCAUUCCACCCAACCUAGGUAUCUCAUCGAAUCCUCGAGCCCAUUAAAACAAAAACCCUUAAUCCCAUAUUCGCGCCAUUCAUUUUCUUCGACUUCUAAAUAGUUAGACGAAUCCUUCAACCCCUCAAUUCAGGAGAUGUCCACGCAAGAAUCCGAGAGCAUUCUCUACCCUGACUUUCUAGCUUACAGUGGCG